AUGAGCUUCCCUUCGAGGUCGGUGGCGGCGGCUGAGCUCUACGGUGACAGCACCUCACCGCUGUCUCUGGACUCCAGCGUCUUCUUCAGCGAGACGACGGCGUCCUGCGUCAGAGACGUUGACGUCUUCAUCAUCAACGUCGGAGGGAGUCGCUACUCACUGACCCAGGAGCUGCUGGCCUCCCACCCAGAGACCCGGCUGGGGAGACUGGCCUCCUGCAGCCGGGACUCGGCUCUGGAGCUCUGCGACGACGCCGACCUCCUGGACAACGAGUUCUUCUUUGACCGAAAUUCACAGACCUUCCAGUACGUGAUGAACUUCUACCGGACGGGUCACCUGCACGUCCGGGAGGAGCUGUGUGAGGUCUCCUUCCUGCAGGAGAUCGAGUACUGGGGCAUCGAGGACGUUCGGAUCCACCCUUGCUGCCGCGAGCGUUACUAUCGCCGCAAGGAGCAGAAGGAGAGCUUCGACGUUCAGGGAGAGUUUGAGGCUGAAGCUGAUGAAGAGGAUUUUAUCGGCGCCGUCCUCCCUGCUCUCCGCAGACGCCUUUGGGACCUUCUGGAGAAACCUGACUCGUCACGGGCGGCUCGCACCUUCAGCUCACUGUCCAUUCUCCUCGUGGGGCUGUCGCUGAUCAACAUGGUGCUCAUCUCGCUGGACUUCGGGGAGGACGUGGGAGUGAGGGACGAGGGAGUUAGCGCACCGCUACUGUUCGAUGCCCUGGAGUACGUGUGCGUGGUGUGGUUCACGGGCGAGCUGGCACUUCGGUUCCUCUGUGUGAGGGAUAAGUUUCGGUUCAGCCAGAACGUCCUCAACGUGAUCGACCUGCUGGCCAUCCUGCCCUUCUACGUGACGCUGGCAGUGGAGAGCCUCCAUGGAGGAACCAGCGAGCUGGAGAACAUGGGCCGGGUGGUGCAGGUCCUCCGUCUCCUCAGGUCCCUCCGCAUGCUGAAGCUGGGACGACACUCGACAGGUAAACACGGGUCUAUGCCCUUUACUCUUUGA